AUGUCGGUCGUUUUCAUCAUCUCAUUUCUCUCUUCGUCAUCUAUAUAUGCAUGGCUUGAUUUCCCCAUUCUCUCUCUCCUCACUCUUCAUACAUCAGCAUUCUUAUUGUCAAGUUGGAGAAUUCCACCAAUCUUCUUUGCCCGAAGCACACUACAAACCACUCUCAAAAUGGCAGCACGCGUUUCAGACGAGAAGGCAGAUUAUGCUCGCCACAAUGAAGACCUCGAGGUUGCUGGCAAGGACCACGUCGGCGAUUAUUCCGGCGCUGUUGCGAAGACCGACAUUGCUGAGAUCGCUUUGGUACGAAAGCUCGAUAUCAGAAUCAUGCCUACUCUUUGGGCAAUGUAUUUCAUGAACUAUCUUGACAGAAACGCCAUCGCCAAUGCUAGAUUGGGUGGUCUCGAGGAUGAUCUAGGCCUGGUUGGCUCGCAGUACAACACUUGUAUAUCUAUCUUGUUUGUUGGAUAUCUUCUUAUGCAGAUUCCUUCCAAUAUGUUGAUGUCCUCAACCAAGAUCCGUCCUUCACUCUACAUGGGAGCUUGCAUGGCUGCCUGGGCUCUCGUCUCCGCUAUGACUGCUAAAGUUCACAAUUAUGCCGGGCUCGUUGCAGUCAGAUUUUUUCUUGGAAUCUCUGAAGCGCCAUUCUACCCCGGUGCUUUGUAUCUUCUCAGUAUCUUCUACACUAGAAAGGAGGUAGCUACUCGAAUUGCUAUCUUGUACAGCGGAAACAUCUUCGCAACCUCGUUCGCUGGAUUGAUUGCUGCGGCCGUGUACAACACAAUCGAGGGCGCUCAAGGAAUCAAGGGAUGGCAAUGGCUCUUCAUCAUCGAAGGAAUCGUUACCUUUGGCGUCGCAUUAGCUGCCAUGUACCUCCUACCAGAUCACCCCAGCAACACCAAGUGGUUGACACCCGAGGAGAGGAUUAUGGCUGUCGAGAGAAUCGAAAAAGAUACCGUCGGUCUCGCCCCGAACAAGGGUGCAAAGGAGGGGUUCAAGCAAGCCAUUAGAGAUCCAAGACUCUAUCUCCUGUGCUUCAUCCAGAACAUGCAUCUCUCGGCAUGCUCAUUCAACAACUUCUUCCCUACCGUGGUCGGGUCGCUCGGCUUCAACAGAACCGUCACCCUAGCCCUCACUUGUCCACCAUAUCUCGUUUCUGGCUUCGUCGGAUACCUCGUUGGUCUUACCUCUGGCAAGCUGAACGAACGAACCUGGCACAUCACCAUUAGCAUGGGUCUUGCGAUGGUGGGGUUCAUAAUCUCCUGCGUUACCAUGAACACUGCCGCUCGCUAUAUCUCCUGCUUCUUGUUCGCAUCUGGAGCAUACGCUGUCAAUUCCGUCAUCUUGGGCUGGGUUUCUGCCACCUUGGGACAGACAAAUGAGAAGAAAGCUAUCUCACUUUCAAUCGUGAACGUGGUUGCGAACGCGAGUUACAUCUAUACUGCAUACCUGUAUCCCAAGUCCGACGGGCCGAAAUACCUGAUUGGAAUGGGAGCGAACAGUGGAUUUGCUUUCGCUACAAUUGCGGCGUCUUGGGCAUUGAGAAUUUGGCUCCAGAGAACGAACAAGAAGAUCCGACAGAAUGCGGAUGAGACACAGGUAUUUUACGCCUACUGA